AUGAACUUUUAUGCGCUUUUGUUCUGUUUGGCCGUGGCUUCACUGUAUGUGCUUGCAAUCAGAGUCCAUGUGCCGCCCCGCCUUGCUUGCCUUGACCGCAAUGCGCCCGAGCUCGUUCGUUUCCGGUUCUGGCGCAUUUCACUCCUAUGUGUCUUCACCGUGUUGUUUGUUCCUUGGGUCAACUGGGCCCUUCUUGGUCUCUAUCCGAGCUAUAUACUGGCCAUUCGACAACUAGGCCUUGUUCCUGGUUUCUCUCUCUCUGGGAGCGUUCUUGUUGAUUCGGCCAACAUUGCUAAAACGACGUUAAAAAUGGCACUAUUGUACAUUGGUCCUUUGGCUCAAUACGCUUUAUCAAAACCAGAUUUGGCCUCCGAUCUUUCCAGCCUGUAUCUCUCCGUGUGGGGCUUUCGAGACCAUGUGUUUGGGCCCAUCACCGAAGAAUUGGUCUAUCGAGCUGCAGUCGUCAGUGUCCUUCGACCUAUAGCAGAUGCUCACAAAAUCACGAUAUGGGCUCCGAGUCUUUUCGGCGUGGCCCACUUGCAUCAUGGGAUCCAACUCCUUCGUGAUGGUGUGCCUUUAACUGACGCCCUGGCACAAGUAGCAUUUCAGUUCAUUUACACCACCCUUUUCGGAAUCUUGGCCAAUCAUGUCUACUUGUCAACUCAGUGCAAUCUAUGGUGUGCGGUGGCAAUGCAUGCGGCAGCCAAUUUGGGCAGCUUCCCUUCGUUUGAGUUGCGUCACAAGCAUCCACGGCUCUUUAUUGUUUACUGUGCAUCUCUAGUGGCGGGGGCGGUGUCUUUCUACAAGCUUCUUUAA